AUGCACCCGUCAUUCCACGUGUCUCUCCUUCGUCCAUACACCGAUCCCAACGCCACCUUCUCGGGCCGUGAUCGCACUCCACUGCCGGUAGCUGUUGACACCGACGAGCCCGACUACCAGAUCCAGCGCAUCCUCAAGCACUGUCGCCGUCUCCAGGGGGUCUCUUUCAUUGACUUCUUAGUUCAUUGGCGUGGUUACGAUGCAGCCGACGACAGCUGGGUUCCUUCGUCCUCGCCGUCUCCCGACAACGCUUGCCUUCAAGCCUACCUUCAGUCUGCAGGCGCCGCGGACGUCGCCUCAUUGGGAGGGGGUAGUUGCCAGAUCGCCAUCAGACUCGAUUUCGCGAUUGCCAUGCAUCCCGCCAUGGCACCAUCGCUCGCCCUUGUCGCUUCGCCACCGCUCUCGUCGUCGUCUGCCCACACAUUGCGUCAGUACCGCGCCCUCACGCCCGCACAUGGCACCAGUGCUGACCCAUGCCCUCACCAACACCUUCCUCCCCCACACGCUCUCUCACUGCGUCUCCCAUCCCACUGCCAAACCCUCCUGCCUCCCUUCCACCACCACCCGCCCUUCCCGCUCCUCGCUGCGACCCCCCUCAGUGCGCACGCACUGUGCGUCCUCACAUGUGCCACCCGCCAUGCGCCACCGCCACCCGCCAUGUCCUAUGUCCCGCCGCUGAUCCGCGCACGGCACACCUCCUUCCCCCGCCGUCUCUUCGACCCGCCGCCUUCUCUCCUCGACCCUCCCCUCUCGCUCCCGCCCCUCCUCGCCCAUCCCCCCUCGCCCCUCGCGUCUCUAUUUUCGCGCAUCCCUCACUCGCUCGCCCUCUGCACCUCCCCCUCUGUGCCGCCCCUCUGUGCCGCCCCUCUGUGCCGCCCCUCUGUGCCGCCCCUCUGUGCCGCCCACCGGGCGACCUCAGGCGGCAUCCAGGCAGAGCCCUCACUUGCCAUCCCCCCACAUGCCCCCUCCUCCCUGCCAUCCCCCCACAUGCCCCCUCCUCCCUGCCAUCCCCCCACAUGCCCCCUCCUCCCUGCCAUCCCCCCACAUGCCCACUCCUCCCUGCCAUUCAACCUUCGCUCCAUCUUCUUCCCUGCGCUUUUCCUCCCCCUCCCCGCAACCACCCACCCUUUUUCCCCCGUUUUCCCUCCCCUCCCCUCCCCACAGCACCACGCGCGUCCGCCUCCCCCAGCGCGCGCUGCUGCUGCGCCGCCACGCAGCUGGCCCCCCCGCCGCACCCACUCUCGCGCGCCCCUUGCUUGCCAGGCGCAUGGCGCCCAGCAGCCCUGCCCGCAGUGGCCCCCCUUGCACUCGCGCGCCCCAGGCAACCCCGCACUGCCAGCCAGAACACGAAUGUACGGGGUGGAGGGGCGAGUCCCACGAGUGAUAGUGGGUCGCGUGCCCAUCAUCUCUUCCCCUCUCGUAUCCAUCCAAACCCCUGCUAUGCCCAUUGAACCUCCCACCUGCGCAGCCUCCUGCACCAUACCCACGGCCCCAGCAGGUGCCGUGCGCGGCGUGCAGGGGCAGCGGCAUCUGCAGCACGUGCCAGGGCGAGGGUUUUGUGUCCAAAGCUGCCAGCGCUGGGCGGCCCUCCCGCGGACUGGGCUCCAACCCCCCCUCCGCCCAACGCUCCUCCGCCAGGUGCCACGGGGGGGGGAGAGGGAGAGAUGGUGGGGAGAAAGGAGAGGGGGAAGGGAAUGUAUGGAAGGGAUGAAGAAGCGGGUGAAGGCGCAGGGGGGCGGGAGAGGAGGCUGGCAGUGGUGGUGGAUGGGGAUGGGUGGGGCUGCUCACCCCCCUGCUCACGGGUGUUGCCGGCUUGCGAGCAGAGAUGGGUGUGCUCAUGUGCGAGCAGAGAUGAGUGUGCUCAUGUGCGAGCAGAGAUGGGUGUGCUCAUGUGCGCGCAGAGAUGGGUGUGCUCAUGUGCGCGCAGAGAUGGGUGUGCUCAUGUGCGCGCAGAGAUGGGUGUGCUCAUGUGCGCGCAGAGAUGGGUGUGCUCAUGUGCGCGCAGAGAUGGGUGUGCUCAUGUGCGCGCAGAGAUGGGUGUGCUCAUGUGCGCGCAGAGAUGGGUGUGCUCAUGUGCGCGCUGUCACCCUGCUUUCCUCCAUCCACCCUCUCCUUGCGCCUGCCUGUCACACACUUGCUAUGCACACACCAUCCACGCCAACCACACACCAUCCACACCACACUGACCACACUCACACCACCCACACCACACUCACAGGUCACUCUCACUCACACUCUCACGGUUCCACUGCCCGUCCCAUGCCAUGGGUGGGUGGGAUGCGGUGCUGGCAGGCUGGCGAACAAGUGGAGGUACUGUGUGGCGUGCAACGGGGCUCGCGUGUGCGGCACGUGCGAGGGGCGCCGCACCGUGGACGCAUGAGGGCGCUGCACUGCAGUGAGGGCGUGGGUGGGUGGCAUGCUGCCACGGUGCAACAUGCAUAG